CAGCGACUUCCAUUAAAUUUAAGCCAAGUAGUUGUGGAAAAUCUGCACUUGGCUUCACACCGUUGUCAAUUGAUGCUCCAGUACCAUCCAGCGAUUUCCAAUUAAAUUCCAAAGACCCAAAGUCUAUGAUAGUACUAUAUAUGUGGACCCUCAAGCCGACUAGUUGUGGAAAAACUGCGCUCAGCGCCUUCCAUGAAAUUCCUCAUUGGUCUCCUAUCUCAACUCUCAAGAAGAACAUAUAUACCUGAAUCGGGAGAAAAGAAGACCACAUGUUCACAUGGCAAAAUCUCCAAUGGACACACUUCACUUCUCCUGCAUCCAAAUAGCCAUAGCCUUGCUCUUGUUCACUCAAGCCAAGAGCACCACGGAGGACACAUUAUCUGCCCUGCAUCCAAACGAUGCGGUCGCCAGCUGUGUUGCCGGUGAGAGGUCUGCCCUUCUUGCCUUCAGGGCAGGCCUAUCAGACCCUGCCAACCUCCUUUCGUCUUGGAAGGGUGACGACUGCUGCCGGUGGAAGGGCGUCUACUGCAGCAACAGAACCGGCCAUGUUGUCAAGCUCGAUCUCCGAGGCCCUGAUUUUGUGGAGGUGCUAGGAGGCAACAUAAGAAGUUAUGGGGAGAAAAGGGAGGUGCUAGCAGGUAACAUAAGCUCCUCGUUGCUUCGUUUACAACACCUACGGUAUCUCGACCUCAGCUACAACGGGUUUGAUGAGAUGCAAAUACCGGAGUUCAUGGGUUCUCUCCAUCAGCUGAGAUAUCUCGACCUAUCAAGCUCACAGUUCAUUGGAAGGAUACCACCGCAGCUGGGUAAUCUCUCCAACUUACGGUACCUAAAUCUUGACUCCUACUCAGACACAUAUUCCACUGAUAUCACCUGGUUAUCCCAGUUAACUUCGGUUGAGCACCUGGAUAUGACUGGGGUGAACCUCAGUGCAAUUGUUCGCUGGCUUCCGGUUGUGAACAUGCUUCCAACUCUGAAAGUUCUCCGUCUUGUCAAUUGCCAACUUAGAAGUAGCCCUGAUUCUAUUCAGUUCUCAAAUUUGACAUCUCUUGAAACACUCGACCUUGCGGGCAACAACUUCCAUAAGCGUAGCAUCCCUAACUGGUUUUGGGAUCUAACUGGCCUAAAAAAUCUAUAUAUCUCGUCUAGUGGUUUCUAUGGCCCGUUUCCGGACGAGAUAGGUAAUAUGACCUCGAUUGUGGAGCUUCGGUUACAAGCUAACAACCUUGUGGGCAUGAUACCAUCCAACUUAAAGAACCUAUGUAAUUUGGAUACAUUAGAUUUUUCUCUGAACAAUAUAAACGGGAGUAUAGCAGAGUUAUUCCAUCGAUUACCAAACUGUUCACAGAAUAAACUAAAAGACUUGGUUCUACUGGAUAGCAAUCUGACUGGAAGCCUGCCGACUACAAUAGUAGAGCCCUUGAGAAACUUGAGAUGGCUGGUUCUUGCUGAGAACAAACUCACUGGUCAUGUCCCGGUGUGGAUAGGAGAUCUCAAACAGCUAACGAUGUUGGACCUUAGCUCUAAUAACCUGGACGGUGUCAUGCAUGAAGGCCAUUUAUCACGUCUAGCUAUGUUAGAGAAAUUGAUAUUGUCAGACAACUCCAUUGCCAUCACAGUGAGUCCAACUUGGGUUCCUCCUUUCAGCCUAAAUUGGAUUGAACUUCAGUCCUGUCAGCUAGGGCCUAAAUUCCCAAUGUGGCUUAAAUGGCAAACACCCGUGGUGAGUCUUGAUAUAUCAUACGCAAGCAUAAAUGACAUGGUACCAGGUUGGUUUUGGAUAGCAACUUCCUCACUAGAGUAUCUGAAUAUUCGAAAUAAUCAAAUUACAGGAGUGCUCCCAUCAACAAUGGAAUUUAUGAGAGCAAAGGUAAUGGAUUUCAGUUCUAACCAGCUUGGUGGUCCAAUACCUAAACUUCCCAUCAAUCUAACCGACCUGGAUCUCAGUUGGAACAAUCUAGUUGGGCCACUACCAUUAGACUUUGGAGCUCCAGGGCUUGAAACACUUUUUCUAUAUGACAACAUGAUCUCUGGGGCCAUUCCAUCUUCUUUGUGCAAGUUGCGAUUAUUGCGGAAGUUAAAUCUAUCAAGAAAUAACCUCAAUGGAUCAAUUACUGAUUGCCUAGUCGACAAGUCCAGCACAAAUAUGCCAGAUCUGAGCAUUGUUAAUCUAAGCUUAAGAGACAACAACCUCUCGGGUGAUUUUCCUUUGCUUUUGCGAAAAUGCCCACAACUCAUCUUUCUUGAUCUCGGACACAAUCAAUUUUCUGGGGCUUUACCACCAUGGAUUGGGGAGAAGCUGUCAUCUUUGUCUUUCUUAGGACUGAGAUCCAAUAUGUUUCGUGGUCACAUUCCUGUCGAGCUUACGAAGCUUGUUGAUCUUCAGAAUUUGGACCUUGCCUACAAUAAUAUAUCAGGGAUCAUACCGACAUCUAUUGUUAAUUGGACAGGCAUGACACGAACAAGCAAUAACGUUUUUGAUCUUGAGAAUGCAUUAGCUACUCAAAGAGGAAGUAUUGCAUAUCAAGAAAUUGACUAUACUGAGAAUUUCACGAUACUCACGAAAGGUCAAGAGAGAUUUUAUACACGAGAGAUCAUAUACAUGUUCAAUCUUGAUUUAUCUUGUAAUAGUCUUACUGGAGAGAUUCCUGAAGAAAUCGGCAAUCUUGUGGAACUGAAGAACCUGAACCUAUCAUGGAACAAAUUCGAUGGAAAAAUCCCUGACAAUGUUGGUGCCUUAAUUCAAGUGGAGUCACUCGACCUAUCACACAAUGAUUUGUCUGGUGAAAUACCUCCAAGCUUAUCGGCUCUCAUGUCACUCAGUCGCUUGAACCUGUCCUACAACAAUCUGAGAGGAAAGAUACCAACAGGAAAUCAACUGCAAACACUCGAAGACCCGGCAUCUAUUUAUAUCGGCAAUCCGGGCCUCUGCGGUCCUCCUCUCUCGUGGAAUUGUUCACAGGCCAAGCUAGCUAUUCGAGAGCACCAGGGAGAUGCAAGCGGCAACAUGGUUUCAUUUUUCCUUGCCUCGGGUUCUGGAUAUAUGAUGGGUCUCUGGGUGGUCUUGUGCACCUUCUUGUUCAAGAGGAGAUGGAGAACUGCUUGGUACUCGUUCUGCGACAGCUUGUAUGAUUGGGCUUAUGUGCAAGUGGCUGUUACCUCGGCUUCCUUGAGAGGUAAAAUUAAUGGGUAGAAGGAGAUGAGAUGACCAGCACAGGUUAUUGGUUUGCUCUCAUAUAAUUCAGUAAAUGCUUUUGAGAUUUAUCAUGAAUGUAUAAGUCAAUGUUUAGGUAUUGUACUAGACUACUAGUACUAGUCAGGAUAUGUAUUCAAGGUGCAUUCCAUGGACUGAGAUUGGUAUGCUGUUUUUCGUAUUGUAUUGUACUAGACAUGUAAUUUGACAUACUCUGGAGAUUUAUCAUGAAUGUAUCAAUUGAUAUUCCAGUGUAUUGUACUGGAACAAGUCACACACAUGUAUGUAUUCAAAGGUGCAUUGUAUUGGAACUAGUCAUGCACACCUAUGAAUUCUAGGUGCGUGCCAUCAACUGAGGUUUGUGUAUAUGAUGUGA